CUUUACUUCCGUCUGAGAUGAUCGGAGUUGCAAACCUUCUUCUUGUUGUGGUCAUGAUGAAGUGUUUUUAAUACCUGAUUAUAUCAACGUCAUAAGGUCUGUCGUAUUUGGGUCGAAGGAAGCAGUGAAAAGAUUGCUGACUGCAAAUCCAAAAGAGCUAAAAAAAUACAACUGGUGUCAUCAUUGAUGAGGUCUGUCGUAUUUGGGUCGAAGGAAGCAGUGAAAAGAUUGCUGACUGCAAAUCCAAAAGAGCUAAAAAAAAUACAACUGGUGUCAUCAUUGAUGAGGUCUGUCGUAUUUGGGUCGAAGGAAGCAGUGAAAAGAUUGCUCACUACAAAUCCAAAAGAGCUAAAAAAAUACAACUGGUGUCAUCAUUGAUGAGGUCUGUCGUAUUUGGGUCGAAGGAAGCAGUGAAAAGAUUGCUCACUACAAAUCCAAAAGAGCUAAAAAAAUACAACUGGUGUCAUCAUUGAUGAGGUCUGUCGUAUUUGGGUCGAAGGAAGCAGUGAAAAGAUUGCUGACUGCAAAUCCAAAAGAGCUAAAAAAAAUACAACUGGUGUCAUCAUUGAUGAGAUAGAUGAGCAAAAUGUUUCAUCCAGUUGAUCUGUCCCAGGAUGAUCAGUACACAGUGUACACUGGAGUCUCUGGUGCACGUCAAGAAACUCCAAAAUACUGUGAUGAGGAUAUUGCACUAAAGGAGCAUAAAAGAAGAAAGACCCUUGUAGAUGUUAACCUAAAAACAGUUACCAAUAGUGAUGGCUACAAGCCCCGUACCAAUGUGCCUGUUGAUAAGGCAAAGACCACAUCGCGUCCUCCAUGCCAGGUGGAUGUUGGCUUUGACGAGAUCUUCACUGCAAAAGACCUUAACAUUCAGCUUCAUGCUGAAUCAUCAGAAGUUGUCGUUCAGCGGUCAGGCAUCCAAGUGGUCACGUCAUUUUAUUCCAGACAGUACACGACUCCAAAGAAAUAUGAUGACUACAAAUCUGGGUCUGUCGUAUUUGGGUCGAAGGAAGCGGUGAAAAGAUUGCUGACUGCAAAUCCAAAAGAGCUAAAAGAUACAACUGGUGUCAUCAUUGAUGUGGCUAUCCACCCAUCAGCUGAUUGUCAGUUCAGUGAAAACAAUGAAUUUUCUGUGGAAAAAGCAAUUGGAAGAGGGGCGUUUGGAAAAGUCACUUACUGCAGACAUUUCACCACUAAAACCGAUUUCGUUGGCAAACAGGUCGUAGAUAAAUUUCACCGUACGGAGGUAGAUGUUUUGAUGCAGCUGGAUCAUCCCAAUAUCACCAGGUUCCUGGGUUUUGUCAUCAAAGAUGAGAUACCAGAAAUCCUCAUGGAAUAUGCAGGACAGCAGCUGAAGGAACUGAUGAAACUGGAUGAAUAUAAGAAAAUCCUCAACAUAGAAAACAUAAAUUUGUCUUUUCAAGGCUUAAAUGGAUUGUCUUACAUGCACAGCUACGGAAUCUUACAUCUGAACAUAAAUCCUGAAAAUAUCUGCAUCACUGAAGAGCCACUCACACUAAAGAUCACUGACUUUGGCUCCAGCAAGACACCACAGGAGCCAGUUUCUUGUGUAGGCUGCACACCAGAAUACAUGAGCCCUGAAGCUUGCAAGAUAGCCAUCAUAGACAAGCUUCCGUACUUGAAAGACCAUGUUCAUAUUAACCUGUCUGGAAAAGCUGACAACUUUGCCUUUGCCCUCACAGUGGCGUAUAUGUUGUGUGGUCGACACAUUGUUCGGGAUAUCAUUUUGAAAUAUUUGAUGAAAAAAGAAGAGCAGAAAAACCUUAAAAAAUACAUGGAUGUGCGAACCAAAAUCCUUUUUUAUAGUUUUGACGAUGUAAACUUCAUCAAGAAGAGAGCCAUUGAUGACUCCUGGCCUGACUACAUGAAGGUCUUCAUGAACAAUACGUUGGAGGGUGAUGCUCAAAGUCGCUGGUCAUCCACUGAAGGACGUGAUUUUUUCAGAGAUAAAAUGAAGCAGGAAGUGCCCUCAUUGCCGGAAAUCCUUGACCAGGUUCCAACUGGAUCCCCUAGUGCUUCUUCCAGCGGUGGUGUUAACAUUCCAUUUUUCAGUCAGAUCAAGUCAUCACUCAGCAGUAACUGGUCCACAGGAGACCUGCUCACUAGCAAAAUGGUGAAGAACAAAUUGAGGAUGAAGCUCAAACAGAGCAGCAGGUCCCAGCCAUACACGAUUACGAGGAGACGAGGACCACCACAAGGUCACAGUCAAGCUGCAUUGCCCGAUUUCAAUGUGCUCUUGCAAUAAAAGACACUUUGACAACCAAAAAAACUAGUCUGUCAUUGCAGAUCAUCUGCAAUUUGUGUUCAUAGUGCUAAUGUUUGUGUAGUGCUUUGUGUGUUCUUAACAAUUUCAAUUUUUAUCAUUUAGAAUAUAUCCAGUGUUGGUAAAAUGAUACAUAUAGAAGGAAAAUAUUAAAAAUGAGUAAUUUCAUUAAUGGUGAUAUAGAAGGGUUUUGUUUUGUAUUUUAGGUUACAUAUUGCAGGAUUCAUUUAAAGCUACUUGCCCUAGUUUUUACUUAAAACAAUUUGCUUAAAUUAUCCAUUUUGGCAAAUUUGUUGUGUUUUUGUUUCAGGAGUUUGUAGUAAUUCAAACUGCAUCUUAUAUACAAAAUUUAUGUACUUUGGGUAUUGACUCCAUUUAGUAUUAUUUUACUAUCAGUGACAGGGAACAUUUUGUUUUCAAAAUCUUGGUUAGCUUUCUAUCAGCUAAAAAUUAAUUAGCAGCUACUGUUUAAUGUUUUAAAUUUGUUUAGUAAUCUCUAAAACUUGCAUAUCAAAUCGCCAUGCGAUACAAAACAAAAUGUUCCGCGACUCGUACAUGUUUUUUAUGUCAUUAACAUUUUGUUUAUUUUAUAGUAUUGUCCGAUUGUGGUAUGGGGUCUCUAAAUAAAUGUGGUGUGGUCAGUAUAACCUCUUCCUCAGAACCACUAGCUGUAAACAUUUCUACUCUAGGCUAUCUGUUGUCAUGGUGUUACUCGUUAUUUUAUUGCUUAUUAAGACGGUUAUAUCCAGUUUUUACCAUAAGCAAAAUCAAGUCAAGCUGAAGAUCACUCUCCUUCAAUGAAUCUUAUUGUAAGGCGAUCAGUUUGCAGGCGAGUAUGGAGGAGAGUGGGAGUGGUCAUUCACCUUUCCUGGCGGAGACCGAUAUCUGUAAAGUUCAAGAUAAAACGCACCAACCUUUUCUUUCACCUAACAAGAAAAUACAACUUGAAAUGUUAGGUACAGCUAAAUUUGGAAAGGGCAAUUAAUGUUCCAGUAAAAACAAUUGGCAUCGCUUGUAUCUGAAAAUAUUGAAAUUAUAAUGGUAAUAAUUGAAUUUGAAAUGUUGAUCUUGGCAGUUGAGUUUGAGCACUGAAUGUGAAGUAACAGAUGGGAUAGCUCAAUUGGUUGAGAGAGCAUUGGCUUUCUAUGCCAAAGAUUUUGGUUCAAAUCCAGAGCCCAUCAUCAUAAGAUGGUGUUCACUCAGAUCACUGUUGAUCAAGAAGACUUAGUACUGUCCGUGUAUCCCAGCCAGUCUCUGUCUGAUCGUUAUUAAUUUCAAUCAUUGUCAGUUUUUUAAGCAGUAUUUUUAUGAUGCCAUUUUAAAACCAAUGUUUAGCAAUGUAAAUUUGAAAGUUUGACUUGUGUACAUUCAUAUUAAUGUCAGCUAAUCAGGACUACCUCUGGGUUAUUGGAACAUUUUGCCAAAUUAUCAAUUAAACUUUAAAAAAAUGGCAAAAAGUCUGUUACUUUGUAGAAAAUUAAUAAUAAUUAUAUGAAUUUAUUUUGCCAAAUUAUUAAUAAAUAUCAUUUUGUGAAUUUGGCAAAUGGCAAAGUUAGUUCUCAGGUUUUCUGUCUAUUUUAAAUGGCCUUAUUUCAACUGAGUUCCAAUGAGCAUUGACAGUAUUUUCCAUAACUAAGUCACUAUGACCUACUUUUGAUGGGCAUGUCAUGUACCUCAUUGGUACUCGUUUUCAAAAUGCAGGUAAAUAAUUUUUCUUUAAUAUUUAAAGCAUAUCCUUUAAAUAAAUUUAAAACGGCUUUAAAGGUACUUGUUCCCCAGUUAACUGAUCAUACAAAAGUGUGCACAUCGUUUUUUUCCUGGUUCAUACAUGCACCAAAAAAUAAUUGCGGUCAGAUCUUAUAAUUAAAUUUAUAUGCAUAUUUUAACAAUACAUAACUGAAUUUUGUUUAGC